CUUCUGCAUGAUUACUGCACAAUGGGCUUAUUUUGUGCUGUUCUUUACAAAAUGGCGUCCUCCUUGGGCACCUUCCGCACGCUUGAAAAAUUUAGCUAAUAUUAUUCCUGUAUAUCGAAGUUUUUGUAGAGGCAUUCAAGUCAAGAUCAGAUGCCAUUGUAAAAGGUAUCUGUCUUCAUCCUCUGACUCCACAGAUGGAAAAAAACCACCAAAAGAUGACAGUAGGGAGAGGCCUGGACAAAUCCAUAAGACCAACAAACCGAGAUUUGGUACUCAAGUUCCAUCAGAUCAAAGAAAAGCACAAGCACAAAAAAGGUCAACUGAUUCUCCUCUUUUGAAGCCUAAUGUUGUGAAAGCAGCAAAGGCUGCUGCAAAUUCAGUAAACAAAGCAACAUCAGAUGCAGACCUUAAGGAGCUUUUGGCACAGUUAAAGAAGAUAGAAAGUAAAAAAACAGAUAUUAAUAAGCAGCAGCCAAGCAGUGGUGUUGUAACAGAUGAUUUGAAAGCAAAGGAUCCACCUGCUAUUAACUUGGAUGACCUAGUUUCGGGUAUGGAGAAGUUAAAAAAGACACAAAUCCGAGAAAGUCUUCCCCCCAAAAUGCCUCUACCUAGAGAGAAAAUAUCUGGAAGAGCAAGUCAACCUCCAAGGCAAAGAGAGUAUCAACAAAGAGGACCUCCACCAAUAACACAAAAACCCUUUGGACCAAGAAUUCAACCAGUUGAUGUUAGCCAAAUAUUUAACAUGGAUGAAGAAAAAAGAUUGAAUAUAUUUCCCAAGACAAUGACAAAGGAAAGGGAUUUAGGCAGACCAAGAAAUGCAUGGGAUGAUCUAAUAGAAAAAGAAAGAGAUCAGUCUAUAUAUUUGUCCCCAACCAAUGGAUUUGAAGAGUGGAUCCUGUGGACCAAACAAGGCAGACUCUUCAAAUUUCCUAUAGACAACGAGCAAGAUUGGGAUUAUGAGGCAGAUGUGCCUUUUUAUGAACACGUGUUCUUAGAGAGACACAUACAGGACAUUGAGCCAGGUCCAGUACGCCAGUUCCUGGAAUUGGUUUGUGUUGGUCUUGGCAAAAACCCUUGGAUCAGUGCAGAAGAGAAACGUGAGCACCUUGAAUGGUUUAAAAGUUACUUUGUGGAAAAGAGUGCAGUUUUAGAAGAAGUUAAGCAGAGAGAAAUGGAAGUGUCAGAUGAUGAAAGCGAUGGCUCUUCAUCAGAUUCGGACUCAAGCUCAGAAAGUGACAGUGAUGAUGACAAGAAAUGAUUCAGUUAUCCAGAGAUCAUUAGUACUUUCAGUGAGUACAUAUGUUAACUGUCAAAGUCACUUUACUCUAAUCCUUUCAGUGACAUGAAGCAUAUUUCACGAAAAGGAGUAAAGAUCAUGGGACGUUUUUCCCUCUUUUGUGAGAAAUUUUCUAGUAGAUUUCCCCAAAAUUGGUAGACUACAAUAAAAGUGAACAUCAGAAACCAUGAAAUGUUUGCCAAGCAAGAUGCAUUGUUAUUGAAAACUGUGAACCCAAGUUGAGACUACUGAUGAAGAAUUGUUAUAAUAUCAUUAAUUUACUCAAUUUUUGAGUUCAGCUUUCCAUGUAAGUGAAUCUACUGUAACAAACAUUUCAAGUAAGGAUUCUCCAGGGAGUUCGUGUAGAAUAA